CCCCGACGAUGAAGAAGGCGCCUGGCGGAGGGAGCCGGCUGCUGGCCUGGGUGCUGUGGCUGCAGGUGUGGCGGGUGGCGGCUCCGUGCCCGGGCGCCUGCGUGUGCUACAACGAGCCCAAGGUGACAACAGGCUGCCCUCAGCAGGGCCUCCAGGCCGUGCCCGACGACAUCCCCGCGGCCAGCCAGCGCAUCUUCCUGCAUGGCAACCGCAUCACACACGUGCCGGCCGCCGCUUUUCGCGCCUGCCGCAACCUCACCAUCUUGUGGCUGCACUCGAACGCGCUGACCCGCAUCGACGCCACCGCCUUCGCCGGCCUGGCCCUCCUGGAGCAGCUGGACCUCAGCGACAACGCGCAGCUGCGCGCCGUGGACCCCACCACCUUCCGCGGCCUGGGCCGCCUGCACACGCUGCACCUGGACCGCUGCGGCCUGCAGGAGCUGGGCCCCGGCCUGUUCCGUGGCCUGGCCGCCCUGCAGUACCUCUACCUGCAGGACAACGGGCUGCAGGCGCUGCCUGACGACACCUUCCGAGACCUGGGCAACCUCACGCACCUCUUCCUGCAUGGCAACCACAUCCCCGGCGUGCCCGAGCGCGCCUUCCGCGGCCUGCACAGCCUCGACCGCCUCCUGCUGCACCAGAACCGAGUGGCCCGCGUGCACCCCCACGCCUUCCGUGACCUCGGCCGCCUCAUGACGCUCUACCUGUUCGCCAACAACCUCUCGGCGCUGCCCGCCGAGGCCCUGGCGCCCCUGCGCGCCCUGCAGUACCUGCGGCUCAAUGACAACCCCUGGGUGUGCGACUGCCGGGCGCGCCCGCUCUGGGCCUGGCUGCAGCAGUUCCGCGGCUCCUCGUCCGAGCUGCCCUGCAGCCUGCCCCGCCGCCUGGCUGGCCGAGACCUCAAGCGCCUGGCGGCCCCUGACCUGGAAGGCUGCGCCACGGCCGCCGGGCCUUCCCGUGCUAUCUGGACUGGCGGGCCUGCCGACGAGCAGCUGCUGGGGCUCCCCAAGUGCUGCCAGCCGGACGCCGCGGACAAGGCCUCGGUGCUGGAGGCCGGUAGUCCGGCCUCGGCUGGCAAUGCGCUCAAGGGACGUGUGCCGCCCGGUGACAGCCCUCCAGGCAACAGCUCUGGCCCGAGGCACAUCAACGACUCCCCCUUUGGGACCCUGCCUGGCUCGGCCGAGCCCCCGCUCACCGCACUGCGGCCCCAGGGCUCUGAGCCCCCAGGCCCCCCCACCAUGGGGCCUCGCCGGAGGCCAGGCUGCUCCCGGAAGAACCGUACCCGCAGCCAGUGCCGCCUGGGCCAGGCGGGCAGUGGGGGCAGUGGCGCUGGCGAUGCAGAGGGCUCGGGGGCCCUUCCCGGCCUCGCCUGCAGCCUCGCCCCCCUUGGCCUGGCGCUGGUGCUGUGGACCGUGCUCAGGCCCUGCUGACCAGCCCCCGACUGAGAGCCAGGCCUGCCUCAGCAGCCAGGGGUGUGUACAUACGGGGCCCCCUCCAUGCCGCCAGCCAGCACCGGGAGCAGGCCCGAGGGGCAGCCAG